UAAUAGAAUUUUCAUGGACUUUUUUGGGAUCCCUUUCUUCGCUAUAUAAAGUAAUACUUAAUAAAAGUAUUUGAAAAAUUUGAUCAGCAAAGUGGAAUAAACCAAGAUACUGGUAUUGGUAGUUCGUUAAAUUUAAUGAAAAACCAUUUUCCCAAAAGAUCAUUUCUACUUUUUUUAUAAAAUUAAGUCCAUCAAUUUCAAGUUAGUUUCAUAGAAUUUGUGGUUGUAAUCACUUCAUUGAACGCAGGUUAUCUUCAGAAAUAAUGAGUGUUGACAAAGCUUGAUCAGAGAUUCCUCACAAUAAAGAAUUUGAAUCCUUAUUUAAAUCUCCAAAAUCUUCAGAUUUAACUCUUCUAAGGUGUGAAUACGAUUGCCAAUAUCUCAAUACUAUAUUGAUAUUGUCACAUUUUUGUAUAAUAGUGUUUAAUCAUUAUCCAAAUAUCAACGGUCAAAAUUGAGUACAAAAAACCGUUCGUCAUUUAUUUAAUAGACUUUUCCUCCCUCUUUCAUAGUAAUUCUUUCUUUAUGAACACAUCAUUUCUAUGACUUUAAUAUUUAAACCAAUGGAUAUAUGGUCAUUAUCCAUCAAAAUUCUGAAAGAGACACUACGUAUAUAUAUAUAUACAUUUAAUUAUGUAAUCCCAAUUUGUAAGAGGAGUAAGAGUCUUUUUAAUGAUUUGAUAAAAGAUUUCACAGGUUCGAUCUCGGUUCUUCCACUUCACGUUUCAACAAAAAUUUUCCGAGUUUCCGUUCUUGAGAUCAUCGCGACACAAAACAGGCAUUCGAUGUGCGUACAUCGAGAAAGUAAAAAAAAAAAAAACUCGCGACGGACUACAUAAAUGCUCCUGCUUCGCAGGGCAUUAAAAGAAAAAGUAAACUCGCGACGGACUACAUAAAUGCUGUGCUUCGCACCGCAUUAAAAAAAACUCGCGCACGACUACAUAAAUGCUGUGCUUUGCACCACAUUAAAAAGACUCGCGACGGACUACAUAAAUGCAUUGCUUCGCACCGCAUUAAAUAUUUCAUUUUGAAAUUUAACUUCGUAUUAUUUUCUUCUGUAAAUGUAAAUUUCUUAAUUCUAUUUUUAAAAUCGUUGCCUCUCAUCAAACAUUGAAAAAAAAUUCAUUUAAAUUACAGAAUUUUCUUUUAAUUCUUCAUCAUAGACGGACAUCUAUCGAAUAACAAAAUUCAAUUCGCUUUUCAUCUUCCUGAUUGAUUUACAACAAAAAAAAAGGCGCUGUCAUUAUCUGAUAGAAAAACAAUUACUGUUUAUUUCAUUCUUACAUAUUGUACACUAACUUAUCAAACUACAAAUAAUGACAAAAAAAGCCAUAUGAAAUGAUCAAAUUCUUGCUGAAAGUGAUAAAACCAUUGUCGUAGAAAAUAAUCAUUAUUUUCCACUGGAUUCAAUUAAAAAAGAAUUUUUCAAAGAUUCAAAUACUCAUACAACAUGUGGUUGGAAAGAUGUAGCAUCCUAUUAUACAAUAGUUGUCAAUGAUAAAGAAAAUGCAGAUGCACCUUGGUAUUAUCCAAAUCCAAAAGAAGUAGCUAAUAAUAUAAAAGAUUAUAUUGCAUUUUGGAAAGGUGUUCAAGUUGAAUGA